AUGAGAAUCGGCAGCUUGAUCAUGGCGGCCAGUGCCGCAGGCCUGGUGCAUGCGUACCCCCGUCGCGAGAUCACGAAGCGCGAGACCGGAUUCACCUGGUUUGGUGUCAGCGAGUCUGGUGCCGAGUUUGGUGAAUCCAACAUCCCCGGGACCCUGGGCACCGACUACACCUGGCCGGAUACCGCGAAGAUCCAGACCUUGCGCAGCGCGGGCAUGAACAUCUUCCGGGUGCCGUUCCUGAUGGAGCGCCUCGUGCCGGAUAACAUGACGGGAACUCCAGACUCGACCUACCUGCAGGGCCUGAAGAAGACCGUCACCGCCAUCACGGACAGCGGCGCAUACGCCGUGCUCGAUCCCCACAACUAUGGACGAUACUCUGGAAGUAUCAUCUCCUCGACCUCGGACUUCAAGGCCUUCUGGAAGACGGUGGCCGGCGAGUUCGCCUCCAACGACAAGGUGAUCUUCGACACCAACAACGAAUACCACGACAUGGACCAAUCCCUCGUCCUCGACCUCAACCAGGCCGCCAUCAACGGCAUCCGCGCGGCCGGCGCCAACACCCAGUACAUCUUCGUCGAGGGCAACUCGUACACGGGCGCCUGGAAAUGGGCCUCGACCAACGACAACCUGGCCCAGCUGACCGACCCCGUCGACGACCGGCUCGUCUACGAGAUGCACCAGUAUCUCGACUCGGACGGCUCCGGCACCUCGGAGACCUGCGUCAGCGCGACCAUCGGCAAGGAGCGCGUGCAGUCCGCCACGCAGUGGCUGAAGGACAACAAUAAGAAGGGCUUCCUCGGCGAGUUCGCCGGCGGCGCCAACCAGCAGUGCGAGACGGCCGUCGAGGGCUUGCUCGCGUACAUGGCGCAGAACGCGGACGUCUGGAUGGGCGCCGAGUGGUGGGCCGCUGGCCCCUGGUGGGGAGACUACAUGUAUAGUCUGGAGCCGACGGAUGGCGCGGCGUAUGAGGCGUAUAUGCCUAUUUUGAAGAAGUAUUUUGUUGGUGCGGCUGGUUCCAGCAGUUCCGCUGCUUCUACCUCUUCCGCUGCUGCGUCUACCUCUGCAUCGUCCGUCUCUGUUACUUCUGCUGAAGCUUCUUCUGCCCCUGCUCCUACUGCCCCCGUCUCUACCGCCCCCGUCUCUACUGCAUCCUCCGCUACGACGCCCACGACCACCCAGGCUACCUCGGUGAUCACCUCGGUGACCUCCCUCCUUCCCAUCUUCACCUCCCCUCCCAGCACCUCGAACCCGCCCGGCGUGGCGUCGCGCUGGGGACAAUGCGGCGGAAUCAACUGGAACGGCCCCAAGACCUGCCAGGGGGGAUACACCUGCGUGAUGCAGAACCCGUACUUCCACCAGUGUCUGUAG